UGCAGAUAUUACCCUCACAAUUCUAACCCUCACAAGUAUCCUGUGAGGUAGGCUGAAGGGAGAGACAAUGAUUGGGUCACAGUCACCGACUUGCACCUUAGCCUCCCAGGUCGUAAUGCAACACUCGAACUACUUUACCACACUGGCUAUCCUGUUUUAAUAAAAAUAAAAUAAUUCGGUUCCUUCCUUACAGGUUGUAAGCUGCCUUCCUGUCUUCCUGCGGUUGUGUUUCAGCGUCCUCCAAUCUGUGGGGAUAAAAAAUGUUUAAGCGGCUGACCAAGCAGCUUAUAAAAGAGCUGGGCUCAGAUAGGAGGCUGAUACCUGUGACUAGCCAGGUACUCACCGAUAGCUUCCAGCCUCUCUCUCUGGUGACUAAAGAGCAAUCCAGGUUUCCUUGGAAUACGCGGAAGUAUUCCCCAAGCCCUUUCAAGCUGGUGGAUGUGCUCGAGAAAGGAGCAGAGGUGGAAAUAGAACUGAAACACUCCGAACCACUUCUGUUCUCUGCAAACAUCUGCCACAAAUCUGGAGCAAAACUGAACCUCAAGAUACAGACUGCUGCAGUGGAUAUCGGCGGCUUGGGCUCGGCUUGCUUGUCUUCCUCUCUGGUAGCUGUGAGGAAAACCUAUGUGGACACCAGAGAGCUGUGGAAAAUGGUGCCAUCCCUCAGCGUUCUCCAGCAACUCUACCCUAAGCUGCAUUUCUACGUUGUGACGGAGGCUUUCGAGAUAAUGGAGCCGCUUCUGAUUGAGCAGACUGUCCAAGCAGGAGGCAAGGGAACGGUGACAGCAGCUGAAAUAUUGACGAUACAGGGCCUGAGCACAACAGUGAAGAAGAAGGCAAUGCUGAUCCCCCGGGGCACAGUGCUGGCCUAUGCGGUUGAGAAGCUCCAAACCUACGAUGAAGAACUGGUUUUGCUCUGCCAGCGGCUUCAAACAAAGUUGGUUUCCUCGCUCACAUAUGAUGCAUUCCAGGAUGAGCUGGGCUCCUCACUAACAGGCAAGUGGCCUUCUGUUGCUUUCUGAUUUCGCGCCUGGAUUCUGCCUGUCCCAAUCCUGCAGAUCUUUCCCACCAGAGACCAGCAAAUUCCUUCCAUAGCUCCGUGGCAGAACAUCUGUUUUCUAUGCGGGAGGUUCCAGGUUCAGUCCCCAGC